ACCGGCGUCAGCGACGAGACCAACCCUUGGAUCAGCGGAUCGAUGGCGAAGCCCGCGGACGUUCGCGGCGAGCGCGGCGCGCACAAGAAGUUUCACGUGCUCGUCACCACGAACGCUAACGUAUACCAGGCGUGGCAGGUUCGCGUCAUGCACUACUGGUACGAGCGCAUGAGGGAGAGGUGCGAGGAUGAAGAUCCCGACGGGUGCCAGAUGGGUGGAUUCACCAGGAUCUUGCACGACAAGGCGGACGCGCUCGUUGACGAGAUACCGACGUGCGUGGUGGACAGGUUGGAUAACGAGAUGGGGUUCGUGGUGCUGUCCAGGCCCAACGCGUUCAAGCAGUAUUUUGAGAAGUGCGGCGACAUCGAGGAGGACUACGUCCUGAUGGCCGAGCCCGACCACCUCUACCUGCGGCCGCUGGCGAACCUCAUGAACGGUCGAACCGCCGCGGCGUUUCCUUUCUUUUACAUCAACCCCAAGGGCUUCCCCGAGCUGAUUCGACGCUUCGCGGGCGAGCACCUGACGGACCAGGAGAUUGAGGAUAUGGACCCCAUCGGUUCGUCGCCGGUGUUCAUUCACAAGGAGGACCUGCGCAGGGUGGCGCCCAUAUGGCACGACGUGACGCUGAAGAUCAAGCAGGACAGGGAAGCGGACAAGGCGUGGGGGUGGGUCCUGGAGAUGUACGGCUACACCAUCGCGAGCAAGAUUGCCGGCGUUCGCCACGAUUUGCGCCCGGCGCUGAUGGCGCAGCCGCCGUGGGAUAAGGGCCUCGGCGAGUUCUUCAUCCUGCACUUCACGUACGGCAUGGACUACGACAAGAACGGGGUUUUCACCCCGGGGAAGAUCGGCGCGUGGCGUUUCGACAAGCGCAGCUUCAUGGCGGGCAUACCGCCGAAGAACCUGGAGCCUCCCCCUCCCGGGUGCGACAACGAGCUCGUGAAGCGACUCAUCGAGAUGAUGAACGAGGCGAGCGCGAACCUGCCCAACUGGGAGGACCCGCUGGGACGGGGCGCCGGCGCGGGACGACGGAUGCUUCGGGCGGGGUGGCUGGAGGAUCCCGGCGGCGGCGUCGGCCCGCCGCCGGAGCGGCCGCGGCCCAGCCCGGGGUGA